UUUUAUAUAUACAUAUUUAAUAUAUGUAUGUAUAUUAUAUUAUUAUAUUAAGACUAUAUUAUUAUAUUAAGAACGGAGCUUAUGGUGUUUUAAUAGGAUGAAAAUAAACGAGAAAAAUUUGUGUGUUUUUGCUACUUCUCCUCCCUUUGAUUGCGAAGGUUUUUUGAAUAAGCGAGGUGAAAUAAAUAAGGCUUUCCAAAGGCGAUAUUUUGUACUGAAGGGAAAUUUAUUAUUUUAUUUUGAGAAAAAAGGAGAUAAAGAACCAUUAGGACUCAUAAUUGUAGAAGGUUGUACAAUAGAAUUAUCCGAAGAAAGCGAUCAGUACUGCUUCGAAAUAGCUUUCAAUGGGAACCGAACUUAUAUCUUAAGUGCAGAUUCGCAGGAAAUUAUGGAAAAUUGGAUGAAAGCGUUGACGUGUGCUGGUUAUGAGUACAAAAAAUUGGUUGUGGCGGAACUACAGCGACAAUUAGAGGAAAUUGAAUUUUCUCGUAAUAAAAUUAAUACCGAGACCACUUCCGCAACAAAUGUACCAAGACCACCACCACGAAGGUACAACCCAUUCAAUCGACCAGCACCUCCCCUGCCAGGAUUUAGCAGUAAUAAUAAUGUCUCCUCAGAACCAUUUAUUAAUGGACAAAUGGUUUCCCCAAAACAGUGUGCACAGACUUCAUCAGAAUCAAUUAUUGGGAACAGCCCAAUACAUUCACAAAGGAAUAACAAGAAUGACUUUAAUAAUACAGUAACCUCAGCAGUAUUUGAAUCAUGUUUCCCAAUAGCGAAUGUUUUGCGAAAUAAGAAUUAUACAUUUGACCAAUUACAUGAACAUUUGCGUCAAGUAGUAAUGAAAGACGUGCUCAUAUACAGAACGGAACAAUUACUCAAGUCGCAGCCACUUAUUCAAUUGUGAUUUUUUCUAAUAUUCAACAUAUUAUGUUUAAGAAAAGUGAUGUGCCUUAAAAUUAAGACACAUAUUUGCUACAGAUUUAGUGUAUCUAAUAUAAUCUAAUAUUUAUUUUAAUUUUCGUAAUUGCCGAAAACUAACUAUAUAUUCGCUAAUUUUUUGAGGUAGUAUUACUAUAAAAAUAAUUGCAAUUAUGUAUGUAGAUCCAAAAAUAAUUUGACAUUUAUUAAAAAUCAACUACUAACUUGCUGUGUGGUAGACAAAAUGCAA